GAGAGAGAGAGAGAGCGCUUGCACGUUCGUGGGAGGGGGGCAUAGAGAGAGGGAGAGAGAGAAACCCAAGCAGGCUCUGUGCUGUCAGCACACAGCCCAACACGAGGUUCGAUCUCAUGAACCAAGAGAUCAUGACCUGAGCCAAAAUCAGGAGUCGGACGCUUAACUGACUGAGCCACCCAGGUCCCCCCAGGUUUUUUUUUUUUUCUUCUUCAGAGAGACAGAGAGAGAGAGACAGUGUACAUGUGAGCAUGGUGGGGGUAGGGGCAGAGGGAGAGAGAAUCCCAAGCAGGCUCCACGCUCGGUGUGGGGCCUGACUCGGGGUUCGAUCCUACGACCCUGAUCGUGAACUAGGACGGAUCAUGAACUGAGCCAAAAUCAAGAGUCCUCUUGACUGACUGAGCCACCCAGAUGCCCUCCAGGUUCAUUGUUUUGAUUCUUUUCUCACAGGAGAACUUUGUAUUAAGGCAGAUAGGCCCAUUUUUUUAAUGAUAGAAAUUGCUAAUAGUUAGCAAACACUACUCUGUACCAGGCGUAGUGAUAAGCCUGUCACACCCGCCAUCUCAUUUAAUCUCCCAUAUACAGCCAGAGAGAUCCUUUCACAGUAGAAAUCACAUCCUGUCCCUCCCCAAGGACCCAGGCACACUUGCCGUCAGGCCCACACCACGUCCUGCAAGGCUCCUAUUCCAGCUGCAACCCUCUCCCCGCUUCCCCUGAUCAUCACCCUCCUUGCUGCUCCGGACCUGGACAAGAAGGCCCUGCCGCAGGGCCUUUGUACUGGUUCUUCCUCCCGGGCCCUGCCCAGAGCACCCCUUCACUUUAUUAGGCCUUCUCUAGCGUCUCUUCAGAGAGACACUCGCCCCAUCCCAAAUAUCACUCGUUAAGCUCUGCUGACUUCUGUUCCUUUCUAAUAGAACUCAGCACCCUUAGCCAUUUUAUUAUAAAUCUAUUUGUUGGGUUGUUUAUUACUGAUCUAUGCACUGAAAGCAAAGCUCCAUGAGAGCAGGGACCCUGCUUUGUCCACUGCUUUAUUUCUAGCACCAAGAGCCGUACCUUCAAUGUGAAUAAAUAUAGAGCCAAUGAAUAAAUAAAUGGAUGAAUAUUCACAAAACCCCAUAAUGUGAGUGGUACUAUCACCCCCAUGCUAGAGAUGAGAAAACUGAGGUUUAGAGAGACUGACCAUAUUCUCAGGGUCAUAAAACUAAUGAGCCGUCUGGGACCAGAGGUCAAAAUGUCUUGUCUCUGGGGUCUAACUCUUAGCUUCUGUGCUAGCUCACCUCUCUCUGCACUUUUAAGUGCCUGCCAGUGUUUUUAUGUGAAAACCCCAUUUUCCUGAGACACUCCGAGAAAAAAGCCAUUCGAUGGGUGACUCCGUUUGGAAAAUACUGCAAAUUACAUUUCCUGCUUGGUGGCCUAAGAAAGGCUCUGAAAAGUCUUGCAGUAAAAAUCCUGGUUGAACUUCUGUAAUCAGUGUUUCCCAAAGCAUUGACUGUAGACAUCUUGUAUUUAUUUAUUGGUGUGUGUAACAUCUAUUAACAUAUUGCAAAGCUUACCUUGGAAGCAAUAGCUUUUAUCCUUGCGGAGAGAAGCAGAUUGUCUGGUACAGGAUUCUGGGAGCUCUCUCUGGGUUGGCUGGGGUGAGAAGUCUGGGACCAGGGCUUCCUCUCCUAGCAGGAGGGCCCGUGCCUGAAGUCAGCGUCCCACAAAGCUGGCACCUGAACCCAACAUGUUUGCUCACCCACUGUCAUGUUCACCCCCAAACCAGGAAGGCAGCAGUGAGGCUCCUGGCCCCUGUUAGCUGCACCCCGGCCCAAGCAUGCUUCUCUACAGAGAUCUGGGCACAGGCUCAUCUUCUGCCCUUUGAUUCCUGUACAGGUGACACUUGGUGUUUCUCCUGAGCUUCUUAGAGAACAAUUCCUUAGGUGUGCCUCUCAGAGACAUCAAUCCCACAAACCUGGCCUUGCUCUCUUACUGUCUCAUUUCUCCCUAUUGGAAUUUUCACCUAGAGGAACAGGGACACUCCCUUACCCACUUGUGUCCUCUCGGCCACCGACUCGGUGUUGAACACACGGUCGAUGGUAAAUGCCUAGAUCAUUCUUGUUGGCUUGAUUGUGAUGAUCCCGCAUGUUGCACGGUUUGGAGCAGAAAAGGAUAGAUGGUGAUGUUGUAAACCCCUUAAUUCAUUGCCAGAGCCGCCUCACCCCCGCCCUGAGCAAAGGAGAAAGAUGCCCCAGAGGCAGAGAAGACUAAGUUGGAGGGAAAUGUAUGUAACUGACUGCAUCUCUGUGUUCCUGGCAGGGCUGGAGCCAGUCAGCGUCCUGAUGUGUUCAUUUUUAUUGGUUUUGAUGGUGAUUUGAUGUCAUCAGGGAUUCAGGUCUCACGUUCGUCCCUGCGAUCAUCUGAAUAGCACUGGUGACGGGGAAGGGAAGAGCAGAGACAGGCACCCAUAGGCAGCCUGGAUCGGACCGUAUAAAUCUGGGAGGAGGGAGGGGGCUGGACAGCCUGGCCUUCCCAGCUGGCACACGAGGCUGAGUGGAAGCCAGCGACAGGCAGUGGAGCAGGAGGCGUUGUGCCUUCACCCCAAGUGACCAUGAAAGGGGCCAUGCGAGUCUCAAUCAUGUUCCUUCUGGUGACUGUGUCGGACUGUGCCGUGAUCACAGGGGCCUGUGAGAGGGAUGUGCAGUGUGGGACGGGCACCUGCUGCGCCAUCAGCCUGUGGCUGCGUGGGCUUCGGAUGUGCACCCCGCUGGGGCGGGAAGGAGAUGAGUGUCACCCGGGCAGCCGAAAGGUCCCCUUCUUCAGAAAACGCCAGCACCACACCUGCCCCUGCCUGCCCAAACUGCUGUGCUCCAGGUGCCCGGACGGCAGGUACCGCUGCUCCACGGACUUGAAAAACAUCAACUUUUAGGAGCCUGGCUGUUGUCGGCACACACGCUGGGCCUCUGCAUGAGAACAGCCUGUGGGGGAGGUGGGGGGUCUCUUAUGGAUUUUGAUUUCUGCCACAUGGCCCAGCUCCCCCACCACCCCGUCCCCAGUCCCCAGGCCCCAAGCUGCCUCCCCCCAUCCCUCCUUCCUAGCUUACAUCUGUGCAUUCAUGCAGACACCCGCACAUGGUCCGCCAGGCUGGCCUGAGGGUGUCCCAGCCGAGGGCCGUGGUCCUGGCAGCAGCUGUUCCGGCUGGCUGAGGGGUUGUAUGUGAUCGGAAGGACACUGUUUUCCCUUAGCUCCUGCCUCACUCACCUGUCUGCUCCUUAGAGGUGACUUGUCUUCCUCCCCGGGCCCAUCUGUCCCUCCUCCCGCAUGUGCUCUCUGCCUGAACCUGCACAGCCCCUUGGGUGCGCUGCUCUGCGUCUCUGGCCUGAGCCUCAGGCCCUUUCUGUGAGGCCUGUGACUGUCAACCCGGGAGUCGGUCUUCCUUUGACUGACUAACCCCUCGGUUGUAGGCCACGGGCCCAAGAUCAGCCCUUCCCGGGGCGCAGUAGGCGGUGACCUCAUGGCAGGCGCGGGAAGCCACCAGGCCAGUGCUGCAUGGCCUGCGAACCCCUCCCAGCACGCCUUACCAGUUAAGCAGGGAAGCCCCCAAUUCCUACUACCUCGCUCUAAAAUGCAAGCGGCGGCCAUUUGAUCUAAUCAGCUAUUGACGUUUUAGGAGGCAAUUAGGGAGUAACCUCAAACAGCUCCUUCCCAAGGAUCGGUCCCUGGGAGCAUGUCUGUGACCUUGAGGACCAAGGGCUUCUGCCCAGCUGGUGGGGGGUGGGGGUGUCAGGUGGGGGGGGGGGAGGCAGCAGGCAGGGACACUGACUUUGGAUACAGGCGCGCAACCACCACUGCGGGCCCAGGCUGCACAGGCACCACACCCAGAGACAGCGUCUUCUCCAGACAGUGAGGGCUUCCUGAAGUUCAAAGCUGUCUGUCUGGGAGUUGUGUCACUGGCCUCCAUUGUCAUCUAAAACACAGUCGCUCUAAGCCCCUCGCAUCUGGACCCUGCCCCAGGCCCACCCAGGACAGCGUGGUGAUGCCCGAGGCUGCAGAAUAAAAGCAUGAACAAGGGGCGA